AUGGGAAGUAAAUCCUCAAAGGAAGUCCGGGAAUUAACCGGGGUUGAAAGGUAUAUGGAGUUAAAGGAUAAAAGGCAUGUAUACAAUGGACCCAGAUGGAGGAAAAAGUAUGGGUUUAUUGGACGUCUUGAUGUAGACAAGUUAGAAUCUAUGAUUAAACAGAUGCAUGUAAACUGUGGUACUGAUCUAAAAAAAACUGCAGGCAGAGGCCUUAGAUACAGCCAAGGUAUGGUUAUCAGAAGCUAGAAAGAGAGUGGAAGAAAACAAGAGAAAGGAAGUAAGGGAGCAGGAAAGUAAAGAGGAGGUUAAGGCCCAUCUGCUCCGCCGGGGACAAAGAGGUUGUAUCCAGUUCUGGCAGAACAGGCUUGGAGGGAAAACCCAGAUGAUGAGGUUGUUGUGUGUAGAAGAUUAGGACAGGUCCCCGCACCUCCCCCGCCAUAUGACGGCCAAGACGGGGGGACAUUAGUGAAGAAAAGGGGGAGGGGGAUGUGUUAGAAAAGGAACUCAAAUUCAGAGAGAGUAGGGAGAAUGUAGACAGACUGGGUAGGGAACUGGAAAGAGAGAGAAGGGUAGGAAAAUGUAGGGAGUCUAAGCCCAGAGAGUUGAAAAGAUUAGUGAAUUAUAACAAGCCAGGGAGAAAAGAGGAGAGCUGGGAAACAGAGUGGUUAGAGGAUGAUGAAGAGGCACAGUAUCCACUCAUAGCUUUGCCCAACCCCCGGGCCGGGGACAGGGGAGAACCAGUUACCCUAGAGGUCUAUAGAGCUUGGACUCAAAGGGAUGUAGUAAGGGCUGUAGAAGGCAUUGUGCAUCCUAAAACAGGAAUAGAGGGGUUCCGGAGAGAUAUGGAAGGGCUCACUGCA